UUCAUUCUUAGUAAGUGCAAUGAAAAUAUUUAUUUACUCCAAGAGUAUAUCUUCAUUUAUAACGACAAAAAAAAAAAUGCACUUACUAGGCAGCUCAAGAUCCAUUAAAUCUUAUAAUAAAAAUAAUAAUUCAAAAAGAUACUUGUUAUUGAGACACAAAUUUGCCUUGUUAGGUAUCUUUUAUCAGACUCAGUAAUUUAGUAUAUAAAUAAACUGGCUAAUUGGAACAUUUAAUCUCAAACCAAGAAAAAAAAAUGGGCAAAGAUACUACUCCAGUGGUAGAUUUCUCAGGUUUAGACAUGGAGCUCCCAGGAGGCACUCCUGAAUGGGAGACUGUAAAAUUUCAAAUCCGAAAAGCGAUGGAGGAGUAUGGUUGUUUCAAGGCAUUGUACAGAAGAAUUCCUUUAGAGCUUCAACAGGAAAUUCUACACGAAGCGAAAGAGCUUUUUGAUCUUCCUUUGGCAACAAAAAUGCAAAAUGUUUCAAAGAUCCCAAAUGGAGGCUACAUUGGGAAGUCACCUCUCGCACCAUUAUAUGAGAGCAUUGGCAUUGAUGAUCCUAAUUCCUUGGAAAAGGUUGAAAGCUUAACUAAUGCCUUUUGGCCUCAAGGGAAACCAAGUUUUAGCAAAAGUAUGCACUCAUUCAGUAAACAAAUAUCAGAAUUGGCGAAGACAAUAAGGAGGAUGAUAGUGGAGAGCUUGGGUGUGGAGAAGUACAUGGAUGAGCACAUGAAUUCAACAAUCUAUAAACUUAGGGUAAUCAAAUAUGACGUCCCAGAAGAUAAAGAACCAAUGCUUGGACUCGCACCUCAUAUGGAUCCUGGCCUGAUCACUAUUUUGUUUCAAAAUCCGGUUGAUGGUUUAGAGAUACAAACCAAAGCUGGUGACUGGGUUAGCCUCAAUCUCUGCCCUAACAAUUUUCUAGUCUUGGCUGGGGAAUCUUUCCACGCAUGGACGAAUGGGCGAAUGCGUCCUCCGUAUCACCGUGUCACAAUGCGUGGAGAUGAGGCGAGAUACUCGGUUGCCCUGUUUACAAUUUUUAAACCAGGCUACAUAAUAAAAGCUCCACAAGAGCUUGUGGAUGAGGAACAUCCCUUGCUUUAUAGGCCUUUUGAUUUUCUUGAAGUCCUUAAACGACACCAGGCAGGUGCAGGCAAGAAUUCUGAAAACUGUCAAAAUGCUUUUGCACCUUUAAGGGUUCACUAUGGUGUUUGACAUUGUUCCCUUUGAAAGCUAUAGGGAUUCAAAACUUGAGUCUUUCCGUAUUGUUUAAACGGAUCGUCUAAAUCAGAACCCAAAAAAAUCAAGAUUUUAUAGAUAAACUAAUUAGAAUAGGGACAAGAACGACAGAUCUUCAAUUGAGUUAAGAGUCUAUUUGGGCUUAUAUUACCAGAUAUAUAACAUCAACUACACUUUAUUUCAA